AUGGCGGAAAGUCCAACCAGCCACGAAAAUAUGCGGUGUGCAAAAGACUUGGAUAAACUUGGUGAACUAAAGACGCCUCCGAGGCCAAAGAAAUGGUUUCAAAAACAAUUUGGCUUUCGCAAAAAAGCAAUGCAAAUGGAUUUUGUGGUGAGCCCACAGCGAACGAAUACCACAUCACUGCGUCGAUCGAGCUCGUUACCAGAUCUCGCUUCGAUGCUGGACGCCGCUAGCUUAGAGAAACAUGGUGUUUGCGUGACGUGGACGCCUGGUCCACUGAAGACGGCAAAAUCAAGGAAAAGGUCAAGAAUGAAUGGCUCGGAUUCCACUGAUUAUUUAGCAUAGUGACUGGAAACAUAUUAACGAAGCAUACGGCAAAGGAAAUAGCCUGCGUAAUUGUACUAAAUGAAGAACUAGGCAAACCGAGGUUGCUAUUAUCUCCCGGGGGGGGGGGUACUCGCAGAAAAAUUGGGUAGGGGUGUGCGGCCCGCUUCCCAAAACCCUUACCCUAUUUAUGACCAAAAUCUGCGAUUUUCCCUACCCUAUUUAUGACCUAACCAAAAAUUUGAUACCCUAUUUAUGACCUGACCCUUAAAUCAAUACCCUGUUUCAGACCUGCCUUAUAAUUAUUUCCCUAGUUCAGACCAAUGUUAAAGGCAAUGUUUAUCUGCUUUUAUUAGGUAGGUUAUAAUACUGCAAAGUUAAGACUACAGUGCAAAAAUCGUUACUCUAUUUAUGACCAAAAUGGCGGCAAAAUAGCCAAAAUCGAUACCCAAUUUAUGACCAAAACGGCUGAAAAACCCUACCCUUUGGGGCCGCACAUACCUAUAUAGCCCAAUUUAGGGAGUACCCCCCCCCCGGGUAUUACCCACCCAGGUAAAAACAAAACCAAAGGCUAAGGUUGUUACGGUAAUUUCCGCAUGAAAACUCUCUCCUCGGCAACGGCCAUUUUGUGUCAUAGGGAACUUGGGGAGACGAAAAAGCGCACAGCGGAGGAUGGACAGCGGAGGAUGGGAAGGGGAAAGAGAAGAAGAGAGCCCUCUUCCCAUCGUCCACCGUGCGCUCACGUUUCUUUUUAACUAUUGCUAAUAAAUUCUUAUCAGAAUACACAGCAAAAGCCUCUGCGGAGGGGAGAAGCAGGAAAAUGCGUAGCUCAGCCGGUAUAGCGAUGGCAGAUAUGUAAUUAAUGCUAUUAACAAUGUGCGUUAAAUUUUAAGUCGCUGAUGAAUAUAUUUUUGCAGUCUUCGACACAUGUGUUUUAUAACAGUAAAUGUAGUAAAUGUGACCUCCCUGGGGUAUUAUUUGCAAUAUUGUUUAUUGUUGAAACAGUGGGUCUUCUGUCCGCUCGUUUGUUGAUUACUUGGCAGUUUCUGUCAAUAAUUAUUAGACUUAUUACCUACAGCAGUUCACUCUAUUGUUUGCUUUCAUUGAAGACACCACUGAAUGCUCGCCUCUAUGACUUUCUUUCGCAUUUCCCGCUAGAACGUACGACUUCCCGAAUUCCCGGCAGACAGGCAAACAAAUCCCGCGCGCAUCCCGAGCCCAAAUUUUGAUGAAUCUCGCUUCUCGAAAAGCAGUCAAAUCCCGUUUCCUGUCAAGAUAUUUUGCGUCUUCCCGAAACUCGCACUGUAUUUUGGUCAAAUCUUGGAUCCCGAAAAUAACCUUCCAGAGCCUGGCCAAACUACAGCAAUCGCCCGCUAAUCCCGCCAGCUACGCAGGGUACGUCAGGCUCUCGCGUCCGCCUGUUCGCGUGCUGCUCGCGCGUCCCUUUCUGGCCUCACUUGUUCGUCUAUAGGUCCCCUGUAGUGUUGUUAGAAUAAUGAACCAAUUGUAAAAUUAAUAUGUUAUAAAUGAUUAAGCCGUUUCUCACGAGUCUGUCAUACCAAACAGCAGACAGGAUCAGCCCACAAGUCAGUGUAUGCCACGGUACGUUUUUCUAAUUUUUUUGCCAGAAUUUUCGUUAGAGUUGUAUAACAAGUAAUUACUCAGGACUAUGCCCAAAGUAAAUUAGUUUGAUUUCCGUCAAACUAAAUAAUUUUGGAACAAAUUGAAAAUACAAUAUACAUUCCACAUGUCACUCCGUAUAUCCAGGACAGAUUACAUGAAAUCGGUUUGCGUUUACAAACGCAACCACAGGACUUGACUUUAAUUCCAGUUUGAUUCUAGUCUGCGAACAAGAGCUUGCUCGCAGGCUAGCUUAAUUCGCGUUCAUUCCACACUCAGCUGCGCGGCUUACCUGCUUGCAAGCCAGCUGUGUAGGCUUAGACUGCUUACAGGUCAUAUAAAUGUUUACCGUUUUGUAAUCGGGUCCUAUUUUUUUCAGUCGGACCCGAAUAUUAACUCGGACCUCGGUGUAAAAGCCUUACGACUGACAUCACACAUGUGAUAAAAGCUGUAUAAAAUAAAGGUUACCAAUGGUGAUUAGGUAAACUAAUGAUGCAUUAUAUCGAUUGAUUGAUCUGGGAUCUGUAGAUCGCUGGAUCAGGCUGUGGAUCGAUGAAUAGGAGGAUAUGGAGACCGAUGAAUCUAUGGAUCGUUGGAUCCAUUAAUCGGUGGAUCUAUGGAUCGACAGGUCGCUAAAUCGAUGAAUCACUAGAUCGGUGGAUCUGUGGAUCGAUAGAUCUGUCGAUCGUUGGAUAGCUAGAUCGAUGGAUCUGUGGAUCGGUGGAUCGCUUGAUCGAUGGAUCGUUGGAUAAUUAGAUUGAUGGAUCUGUGGAUCGCUGGAUCCCUAUGUUAAGGAAUUGCUGGAUCUUUGGAUCGCUAGAUCAAUGGAUCUGUGGAUCGGUGGAUCGCUAGAUCGAUGGAUCGUAGGAUGAACGUUCAUCGCAGGAUGAACGCUUGUCGCAAAAUACUGUUUCUCGAAUACACAGAAACUUAAAAACAGAUUUGAAGGUAAUUUAUUGGUUGAUAUGAAAAUACUUGAAGCAUGACGACCGUUGUUUGUUUUUCACAAAAGAUAAUUUUGUUUUCAGUCAAUAUCGCAUAAGCCUGGUAAUGGAUAGGCCUCAUUUCCAAAACAAAGGGCAUAAAGCUUAUGAUAUCUUUAUGGAGAAACAAACACGCUUCCAGCCUUGUUACGAAUACGUCUUUUUGGGGUUAAGGAAUAACUUUACGUACAGUCGCUGUUUUCAAAACAGCACACAGUUGCCGGUUCUGAACGUUCUGUUCGGCGACUGAAGUUUUUGAAUUGCAUUUUUUUGAAAGGUAAGAUGCUCUACAAUCCAAAUAUUUCGUUCGUUUUGGCCAGAUUCUAGUCAGUUAGAGUAUGGUCCCAAAAGAAGGCAUAUAGUUCUACGCAUACAAAAAAAUACUGCAUGUGCCAUGUUUCAGAAGUGCUUGUCUAAGUUAUGAGGUACUUUUUAUUUAAUGAAACAUCGACGCCGCUGUCAAGAGAUCGGUUUUGCCAGGUGCAAUUUUAAUUGGAUUCAAGAAUUUGGGACAUCUUUUUCGUUGUUCCCAACUUGUUUCGUCCUAGCCCCAUCGACCUAUGAAUCUAUCUAACUUGAAAAUCGCGAAAGAUUUCUGUUUUAGGAGUGUUCUUGCUGAGAUAACUGAUGGUAAAUUGUGAGGAAUUAGUUUCUUUCAUUGGCAACAAAAGCGGCCUUUAUGGCUUAUCCACAUAUGCAAAUUUUUCACUUUUUUCACCAUGUAAGACGCGUGUUGUCCAAUUAACUUUUGUGUACACAGACCUUACUUCAAUUUGGUGGUGGGCUGAUAAAACUUGCAAUUCAAAUAUCUUUACUCGCUAGUUGAAAUCCGAGGUAAGCUUUUUACUUUACAUGUUUUGUUUAUUCUUUUAUCGGCUUUAAAAGAGGCAAACUUGGUUUAUCAUAAGGUGUUAGCCUUAACCCUUAGGGUUUAUUACUUAAAAAUAAUUUUGUUUUUUUUAUUUCGCAUAAUAGAACGUUUUCGCCUCUCCGUCUUCCAGCGCCUGUCGAAAGCAAUUUACCAUACUAAUGAGUUACUGAUUCCUUUUACAUUUUGUCUGCGUGGGAAUACCUUGAUCAAAGUUUGUUCUGUUAAGUGAGCACCGGUUACGGCCUACAAAUGUUUUGCCCCGGGGUAGCCCAUCAAGAAACUCAGCAGGGAAACCAUAACAACUCAACAUGUUACGAAAAUACCUUCCUCUUUGAUAUUUUACGUGUGUGAAUAAUUAUUUAAUUGCUACUAUAUUGACCCAUAUUGUUAGAAGGAGAUGCCGAUCUGAAAUCCGAACCAAGUUAUUUGUGAGUGACUCUGAACUCGCGAAUCGAGCGUCAAAAUUCACUUUUUUUACUUAUAAAAUUUAACCUGAAUACACUGUACAUGUACCAAAAAUUUAUGCAGAAAAAAUUAUCUGGCCUUUGAUGGUUUGGUAUUUAACACAUGAAAUAUUGUACAGGCAUAGCAAGUGGGGACCGCUUACCGUGUCGGAUAAGCGAGUAAACCAUAUUGCAACCUUUAACAUCACGUAUUUUGCGAUGCAAAAUUUUGAUGAGAGGGAAAAUUGAAAAAAACAGUGUAAUCCUCAGCCAGGGGGCCACCCUGUUAACUUUUGAAGUCUUAGAAGUGACCAACUUCAAUAUUCUCCUAACAAUAUCGAAAUAUAAUCACGAGAAAGGUUAUGAGAAUAGACAAAAUGAUCACCAAAGGGAAAAUGCUUUGCUCUUUUAUCAAAUUCUCUCGGCAAAUUCUUUAAAGAAAUGUAUGGAGGUCGGUCCGGAGAAUUAGUAGGCUGAUUUAGCAACAGAACAGGAACGUCAGUUGACGACGGCGCGCGCAAAUCAAACAACUUGCUUGACCAAUGGCAGAGCGACAAAUUGGGCACCGGAAGUAGAGUUAAGUCGUUUUCGCGCGCUUUCCAGGCGUCAAAUGACGUUCCCGUUCUGUUGCUAAAUCAGCCUAGUAUGUGGCCUUGGUGCUUGAAGGGUAGGUACGACCGCCAGUCCUUAUUACCAUAACAACCAUUUAAUUAUAGUUUGGCCCCAACAAAAGACCAGUCAUAACUUCUUUUAAUUUGUUUAUGAUAGACCUUAUUCGAGAUACUCGCCAUCUUUACACGUGUUUCGGCAUCGACUGAAUAAAAGAUCUAGUAGUGGAUGUCGAUCUCCUCGGCGCGCUUUUUAUUUCUUAUACAGUUUUUGUUUUGAUAAAUACUAUUCCAUUGCACCAAGCAGGGGCGGAUCUAGGGGGAGGGUGCAGGGGGUGCGCCCCCCCCCCCCCCAAGAUGACCUGUGGUUUUCUAAUACAACUGGUAUUCUGGAAAAAAAAACCAUGUGGUUGUUUUGGUGUUGAAGUAGAGCAAGAGACGAGUGCACCCUCUCCUAAAAAAAAAAUCCUGGAUCCGCCCCUGCCAAGUAAAGGCUUUGUUCAUGAUUUAGAUAAAAAAUUUUAAAAAUUGCAAGCACAAAAAAAUAUCUCUUGCUUUUCCCUUUAAGAUAAAAAUGAGUGCAAAAAAGAACAAACCCCCGAAAUUGGAUUUACAGUCAGAGGACUUAAAGAGAGAUGAAAUGGCCGAAAAACAAACCAACAACUCAAACGUACAGUCUGUGAAAGACAUGGACAAGCUUGGCAAUUUAAAGCCUCCUCUUAGCCCGCUCACAAAGAAGUGGUUUCGUAAACAGUUUGGUAUUCGCAAAGACAUUAAACAGCUUGAGGUUGGAGGAAAUGUGAAGAGCCUGGGUACCACAUCGUUUCAAAAUAGCCACCGUCGGUCAAGUUCGUUACCAGAUCUCGCUUUCAUGUUGGACGCCGCAAGCCUGAAGAAGCAUGGGUCUUUUAUUUCACGGACAAGACCCGGCUCUGUGAGACUGGGUGCAACAGGGAAAGAACCGAUUUUAUCACAGUAAAAAGAAAGAAGUGGAUAUGGAGUGUUACAUCGUGAUGUUCGAGAAUUUAUGUGAUUCGGUUUGACUUAGCCUCCCCGCAGACGUCCUUUGGGGUUCGUUUGUCUCGCAUUCAUUUCUGACAAACGAACCCCAAAGGAUGUCUGCGGGGAGGCUAGGUUUGACUGUGAUUGAUCGAAUCAGUUGUGAGGGAAGGAAGCUAUUGAACUUACACAGGCUACUCAGUACACAUAUUGAAAUUGGGAUGCCUGUGUGCUAUGUGCAGAUACAAAUUAAAAUAUGCAGAGGGUAUGUCAUACCAUACUUUCUUUGCAUAAAUAUACCAAACUUUACGAUACUCAUUAAUUCCAAGAAAAUGAUACAAUUUAUGCUUCCAUUGAGACAGU